CACUCACGUUAAGCUCAAUGAUUGGAUGGUCGUAACGAAGGUUACUACUUAAAGUUCGUCCAGAAAACAUCGUAAUACUGCAUAAGUUACCGCCUGCUCUAUCUUGUUGCGUUCACUCGCUCAGGGCACUCCAUACCAUUAGGACAAGAAAGGGAACUAAGUGAAAACAAUGUCUGAUACAAGCAAAAGUACACGAAUUGGGGACUUGGAUGCUUAUUUAGAGGAGUGCUUCCGGGAGAAACCAGCUGAAGAAGUUGAAAACUUUUAUGGAUCAUGGGCAGAGACUUAUGAUGAGGAAGUUUCCCUCUUCAAUUACAAUGGACCUAAACUGAUAACUGAAGCUUUCGCAAAGUUAAACGUACCAGAAGAUGCGGAAAUCAUUGAUAUAGCAGCUGGAACUGGCAAUGUUGGAAUAAAAUUGAAAGAGAUGGGUUACAAGAACAUCGAUGCUUUGGAUGGAACAAAGAAAAUGUUGGAAAUUGCACGAAAAAAGAACGUCUACAGGAAUUUUUAUCAUAUGUUUUUGGGUUGUGGUAAUAAGUCACCGAUUAAGGAUGGUACUUACGACGUUGCAAUUUCGUGUGGAGGAAUUGGUCCAGGACAUAUUCCAUACAGUGCUUUCCAUGAGGUUUUAGCAAUGGUGAAGCAAGGGGGCUUAAUCUGUUGGCUGACUGUAAAUCCUAAUGAAGGGAAAGAAGAAGAAAGUUUCAAGAAUUUGAUGGCUGAGUUAACAAACAACGGAAAAUGGAAAGCCGUUCAAGAUCCUAUUCGCUUCGAAGAAUUUUUCAAAAAAGAAUUUGCACUUUUUCAUGUAAUGAAAAAACUGUAACUUCCGUAAUCGUCUGAAUGUUAGAGAUAAAAAAAAAACGUUUAAUAUUUCAGCUCUAAAUCUCGCUGUGGUGUUUCAUAACAUAUACUUAUAUACUUUCUCUUUGGAGAUAACAUUACAAAAUAUAAAAUUAAUGACAGUUAUAAAUUAUAGAAAAAUUGUCUUUUUUUUCAUGCUAUAAAUAUUUUGACAAUGAGUUAUAGCUAAAUUUUUGUGAUGAAUAAAGAUACAGCAACGAACAUUUGACACAUAUGAGACGGAAAGAGAUAUUUAACACUUGAACAUUUCGGAAUUUAGAGUCGACUCUCUCAAGCGUAUUUCUCUGUCAUUAUGAGCGUUCUUGGCUGGAUUACAUGUCCCAUGAAUACAAGCCGGCUAUAUACAGAAGAUAUGUUGAUGGCACAUUUUUACUUUUUCGAAGCUCUAAUUACAGUAAAAAUGUCCUUGGAUUAUUGAGAUUAUAAGCACUUUAAUAUUAAGUAACCAGUUUACAACAUCAAUUUAUUGUAAAAAAUAAAAACAUAUCCAGGCUUACAUAUUCACUGACAGUUUUAUUCCGGACUCAUUUAAACGUAACCUUAUAUUCAAUCUUUUCAUUAGAUCGUGUAGUAUCUGAUCUCUUGCUUCAUAGCGAAAUAACCAACAUACGGGUUAUUAAGAAUCGUGUUAAACUACAAAUGAUAUUCAAAUUACCCUUUAGGAUUCAACAUCUAUUUAGAUCUAAAAAAAAUGUUACCUACUCCUAUGCGUUCCCGGAUCGUGUAUAAAUAUACAUGUGGUGGAUGUAAUGAUUCUUACACUGGCAAGACAAUACACUUGCGAACCUGCGAACACAUAGGAGUAUGAAGCAGACCUAGAAAACAGUUCUAAGAUAGUCCAGUUUCCACAAAGCAGCAACCGCCUUGUUUUUAUUAAAUAAUUUCAAAGUAGUCUCAUCUGGAUUGACAACUAAUUAACUGAUUUUAAUUAAAUAAACUCUCCCAUUACUAUGGUGCUGUUGUCGCUGUACUUUUAUUCAUCACUAAACUUCUAUUGCCGUCUAAUUAAUCCGUUGCUAAACUGUAAUGAUGCAAUUUAAUUUGAAAUUCUAGAAGUAUUUUAAAAACCUUUUGUUUAUUACAUUUCUCUUCUAUUAAAGGGCGUCUCCCGAAAUUACAAUAUGGUCCCUUUUUCAAAAAUAUGGUAGGUUCAUUCAUAUCACGUUUUUUCUUUGCAGUAUUAUUGCUGAAAAGCUGUUAUUUUACUCAGCAAAUGUUCUUCAGUUUAUGCUUUCUACGUUUUUAAAACACAAACACAUGUUUUAAUCUUUCUGUCAAAACAGGACGUUGACGAUUGUUUAACAGUUUUGAAAUAAAACGAUUUUUUAAAGUUU